AUGGGGCUCCCGCAUUUCUGGUAUUGCCUCGUUGUGCUUGACAAUGUUCUACUCUUUGACUUUAUUAAUGCGAUGAGAGUGUCGAUAUACUGUGCCGAUACGUGUACACUGUGCAUUCUCUUUGGGGAUUUUCCAAAGGAAGUAGUAAGAGAACGUUCCCAUGCUUUUUCAGAAACUGCUGAUUCCAACCGAGAUGUCGUGGUGGUUCUAUGGCACAUCGAUCCUCUGUGUAGUACUCUCUACGUUCACUGUGAUUGCCAGCAUGACUUCUGGAGCUAUUCAACGAUUUGCCGAAAACAGCCCACAAAUAUUUUGCUUUUUGCAUGGAGGAUUCUUGUGCGCAUCGAGCAUUCUGUGUGCGUUCUGCACAUUCUUGGCGAUGCAGAUGUCAGAAAGCGUUCGGCAAGUACGCCUUCCAGGCUCACCCGAAGCAGUUCCAAGAUGCAUCUCAUUGGUAUUUUGCCCGCCUUAGGGCUUCAGCGGUUGGUUUUUUUGCUCGUCCGAUAA